CGCCCUCCUCCUCUCUCGGAGGAGCUACCGGCUGUUGUGUGGCGUCGCUGGUCUGUCGGGGCUGAUGGCAGCCUGAGUGUGCCCGAGCGCGUGUGGGGGAAGGUGAGGCGCGGACGCGCGUGGGUGAGGAGCAGAGCCAGCCGUGGCCGCCCCGCGCCCACAGCAGCACGCGCGGCCAACCGCGCGCGAGCCGGCGCCCCGGGAGCGCGGGGACAAGGGCGGACGCUGCUCCCCGCCCCCAGCGCGUCCCUCGGCUGUCGCGCGCCCGCGGGGACCGCCCGGCGCUCCCCUGGAUGUCCCCGGCGCCCGCGCGGGGCCUCCUGCCGUCGCCGCGUGAGGCGGGCUGGUGCUGCGGCCGGCGGGUGUAGCUCGGGGGCUGCGGCUGCCGCGCGGCCGGGUCUCCACCGCGGCCCUCGACCCCCCCCCCCCCACCCCAGCACCCCGGCCUCGGAGGCUGUGACAAUGGACUAUGACUUUAAAGUGAAGCUGAGCAGCGAACGGGAGCGGGUCGAGGACCUGUUUGAAUACGAGGGCUGCAAAGUUGGUCGAGGCACUUACGGGCACGUCUACAAGGCGAAGAGGAAAGAUGGGAAGGACGAUAAAGACUACGCUUUAAAACAAAUAGAAGGAACUGGAAUCUCUAUGUCAGCAUGCAGAGAAAUAGCAUUACUUCGAGAGCUUAAGCACCCCAACGUCAUCUCUCUUCAGAAGGUGUUUCUGUCUCAUGCUGAUCGGAAAGUAUGGCUUCUCUUUGACUAUGCUGAACAUGACCUCUGGCAUAUAAUUAAGUUUCACAGAGCUUCAAAAGCCAACAAGAAGCCAGUUCAGUUACCUCGGGGAAUGGUGAAGUCACUGUUGUACCAGAUCCUGGAUGGGAUUCACUAUCUUCAUGCCAACUGGGUGUUGCACAGGGAUUUGAAACCUGCUAAUAUUUUAGUUAUGGGUGAAGGUCCUGAGCGAGGAAGAGUAAAAAUUGCUGACAUGGGCUUUGCCCGAUUAUUUAAUUCACCUUUGAAGCCUUUAGCAGAUUUGGAUCCAGUGGUUGUAACAUUCUGGUACCGAGCUCCAGAAUUACUCCUUGGAGCACGACAUUAUACCAAAGCAAUUGAUAUUUGGGCUAUAGGGUGUAUAUUUGCAGAACUACUAACGUCAGAACCAAUAUUUCACUGUCGACAAGAGGACAUCAAAACUAGUAACCCUUAUCACCAUGACCAGCUGGACAGAAUAUUCAAUGUAAUGGGAUUCCCUGCAGAUAAAGAUUGGGAAGAUAUAAAAAAGAUGCCCGAACAUUCAACAUUAAUGAAAGAUUUCAGAAGAAAUACGUACACCAACUGCAGCCUUAUCAAGUAUAUGGAAAAGCAUAAAGUUAAACCUGAUAGUAAAGCAUUCCACUUGCUUCAGAAGUUGCUCACUAUGGACCCAAUAAAGCGAAUUACCUCAGAGCAGGCCAUGCAGGACCCCUACUUCCUAGAAGACCCACUUCCCACGUCAGAUGUUUUUGCUGGUUGUCAGAUUCCUUACCCCAAACGAGAAUUUUUAACAGAAGAGGAGCCUGAUGACAAAGGAGACAAAAAGAACCAGCAGCAGCAGCAGGGCAAUAACCACACUAAUGGAACUGGCCAUCCAGGGAACCAGGACAGUGGCCACACCCAGGGGCCCCCCUUGAAGAAAGUGAGAGUUGUCCCUCCUACCACUACCUCAGGUGGACUCAUCAUGACCUCCGACUAUCAGCGUUCCAAUCCACAUGCUGCUUAUCCCAACCCUGGACCAAGCACAUCACAGCCCCAGAGCAGCAUGGGAUACUCAGCUACCUCCCAGCAGCCUCCACAGUACUCACAUCAAACACAUCGGUACUGAGCUGUGCUGGAGUCUGUCAGUGCACUGUUGCUCAUGCUGUAGGGCUGGCUGCAGCACUCUGCGGGAACCUGGUGUGGGCCGUGAGAAUGUACUGUACAACCACAUCUUCACAUGUCCAGGAGCCAAGUCCCACCAGUUGUCACAGAUUGGGGUGGUAGCGUCCAGGUUGUCCCUAAGUUUGGAGUUAGACUUGAAAAGAAAGUGCUAGCACAGUUGUGUCGUGGGUUUGCUACUUCCAUAGUUUACUUGACAGGGUUCAGACUGACCAAGCAUAGUUUUCAGUGACAGUCUGUAGCAGUUGAAGCUGUGAAAUGUGCUAGGGCAAGCAUUUGUCCUCGUGUGUGGUGACUUUCCGUGUAACAGCGUUAUCUGACCAAUAGUACACACAGACGCAAGGUUUAACUGGUACUUGAAACACAGAUUAUGUUAACAAAAUAACUGAGACUUAAAAGAUUAUUUUGGUACACCUUUCUUUUUAGUGUCUUAUCAGUGGGUUGAUUCAUCCUCUACAGAAAUCAGUGUUUUACGACCAAGGAUAUUGCUUGGAUUGUUUAGAAAGUACAGAAGAACCACAUAGUUCCUACUGACAGGUUCCAGAACUCCCAAAGAUUCAUUUCCAACUUAGAGGUUUGUUUUUAUUUUCAAUCUAUGACUUGACUGGUCUUAAAGCUGCUAUUUGAUAGUAAUUAAAUAUGUUGUCAUUGAUAUAAACCUGUUUGGUUCAGCAAACUAAAAUGAUUGUCACAGACAGUGUUUUAUUUUUCUCGUUGGUGUUGCUGAUUUGUGAGCAUGCUUUCAGAUGAAAAAAGCAUGAGUGGUAACCUCCUUAAAAAGGCACGGCAUCCAGUUCACAUUCUUCUGUCCUGAUUUUAAAGCUGGUUAGUGUAGUGCUAUUAAAUUUUGUUCAGUUGACUUUCUUUUUAAAAAGUUGUUCGCACAUUUUUUUUAGGGUGCCCUUACUUCAGCAAAGGAGAAGGAGUAGGAGAGCCUUAGAAUUUUUGAGGGAAAAAUAAAAAGCUAUAACAUACAACGUACUGUAUCAAACUAUUUUACAUGAAUGACACAAGUAUUCUGAAUAAAAAAAAUUGAACAUUGUUAAAAACAAGGUGUUAUGUAAUAAAUUUAUUUUUCAUAAAUCAA